UGCAACUCUCUGAAUCCAAUUGGAACCAUUCAUGAAUUAGCGCAAAACUAUUUUGCCAUCAGCUGAGUUGAACUUUGACUGCAGCCAGAAGAGAGAGUCAUUCGCUUCUUUCUGCUAUCUCUGUUCGCACCAUCUAGUAGUGGGUCAGUCGCUGGUGUUAUCUCCUUGCCAGUGGACGAAUCUCGGUGCAUCGCUCGAAGCAAUUGUCGCAACAUUCGAUUGCGACACUUCCAGCGCUAGAUAACAGAUCCGAAGCGAAAGAAAAUGGCCAGUGUUACGGCUGCGGCGAGUGCCGCCCCGCUUCUGAUGCGGAUAGUGGCCAGCUCGAUUCAGAUUGCGGGCCGCGCCGGGAGAAUCAUCCGGGACGUGAUGGCCAAAGGCGACCUCGGGAUCGUCGAGAAGGGCAAGGAUGACCUGCAAACCGAGGCGGAUCGAUCGGCCCAGCGGUGCAUCAUGGCCUCACUGGAGCGCCUGUUCCCGAACGUGACCAUCAUUGGCGAAGAGGGCAAAAGCGACUUGAAGGUACCCGAAGACUGGUUGGUCACGGAAAUGAACAGCGAAUUCCUCGAGCGGAAUGCUUGCCCCGAUGGCUUGAAGCAGGUCAAAGAAUCAGAUUUGGUCAUCUGGGUGGACCCACUGGAUGGAACCAGCGAGUAUACGCAGGGAUUCCUCGAGAGAGUUACCGUACUAAUUGGGAUUUCCGUGAAUGAUCGCGCCGUUGGAGGAGUCAUUCACCAACCGUACUUCAAAACAGACAACGGUUCGCUGGGACGAACCAUCUGGGGCGUCAAGGGCAUCGGAGCAGGUGGAUUUAAUCCGGUUAAGCCUCCAUCGGACCGGUUCAUCGUGACGACCACCAGAUCUCAUUCCAAUGCACUGGUGCAGUCAGCUUUGGACGCCCUUUCUCCGGACGAAGUCCUUCGAGUCGGCGGAGCUGGCUACAAAGUUCUCCAACUGCUGGAAGGAAAUGCCCAUGCCUACGUGUUUGCAAGCGCUGGGUGCAAGAAGUGGGACACGUGUGCCCCGGAAGCUGUCCUCGAGGCUCAAGGAGGAAUGCUGACCGAUAUUCUCGGCCGACAUUACUCGUAUGGCAAGGACGUCAGUUUCCCAAACGCUUGCGGAGUUCUCGGAACCGCUAGCGGAACUUCACACCAGGACAUCCUAGCUAAGCUACCGGACGCUGUGAAACAGGCUAUGAAUAAAACACAAUAGAUCCAUUCCCUAUA